AGAACAGGGUCUAGGUUUCUGGGAAAAGAAGGAAGAGUUUGGGAGAAAUCAUGACCAGUCGUCCACCGAGUCCCCAGCCUGAGCACCAGAGCCCCCAGUCUAGCACGUCAGGGUACCCCCUGGAGGUGAUAGUGAAUGAAGAAAUCCCAGGACCAUCAGCCCCCCGGGUAGAUUCCAGCCCCCUGCCUCAGUCCUCUGGCCUCAAGAGGGUGUGGUCAGCAGCCUUCCAGGACGAGACAGACGAGGAGACAGACGAGGAGAGAGGCCCUGAGGCUGAGGACGUCUGGGUGGUGGAGUCCCUCUGUGGGCUCAAGAUGAGACUGAAGCGACAGCGGGUGUCUACAGUGCUGCCAGAGCACCACGAGGCCUUCACCAGACUGCUCGAGGAUCCUGUCAUUAAAAAAUUCCUAGCCUGGGACAGAGAUCUGCUGCUAUCUGACAAGUAUCUCCUGGCCAUGGUCAUAGCUUAUUUCAGCCGGGCUGGCCUCUUCUCCUGGCAGUACCAGCGGAUUCAUUUCUUCAUUGCUCUCUACCUGGCCAACGACAUGGAAGAGGAUAACCAGGCCCCUAAACAGGCCAUCUUUUCCUUCCUGUAUGGAGAGAACCGCGCCAAGCGUCCCCUGUUUCACAAACUGCGAUUCCAAUUCAUCCGUUCCACGGGCUGGAGGAUGAGGGUCUCCCGGGAAGAGUGCGAGGAGAUCCAGGCUUUUGAUCCGGAGCUCUGGGUGUGGGGGCGAGAUCGCACUCUCCUGCCCUAG